CUUGUCGCUCACCUCCACCUGAACAAAGGCAGCGCAAUCAUGCCGAAACACUAUUGCGACUAUUGCGACGUUUUUCUGACCCACGAUUCUGCAUCAGUGCGCAAGGCUCAUAAUAGCGGUCGGAACCACCUCGCCAAUGUGAGGGACUACUAUGCAUCGUUGGGACACGACAAAGCGCAAAGUAUAAUCGACCAAAUUACUGCUGCGUACGAGACUAGCGGCGGACCGCCACCAGGUGGUUUCGGUUUUGGUCCGCAACAUCUAGCGCCUCCCGCACCCUUUGCACCACCACCUAUGGGAUUCGGCGGCCCAGGCUUCGGAGGACCUCCAGGGAGGCCGCCAUUUCCACCGAUGCCUGGAAUGAUGAUGCCCCCAGGUGCGCUCCCUUUCCCACCGAAUGGUCCAGCACCUGCUGGCAUGGGUGCUCCAGGUAUGGGCGCCCCAGGUAACUUUCCCCCGAGCAUGCCUCCUUUCCCUCCCAAUCCUGCCGCUGGCAAUCGCCCUCCGUUCCCUCCCAGUGGUAACGUACCGCAGGGUGGCAAUCCCAACGCACUUCCCAACGGAGCUCCACCCUCUGGAUUCUCUCAAGCGCAAGGCCCGCAGCAGAAUGGUGAUCAUCUUGUUCCCAAUGGUCCUGUAGGUGGUAUGCAUCCUGACCGCAUGAGAAUGAUGGGGGGCAGAUAAAAAGGGUGUGGUGAUGUAUGGGUUCCGGGAUCUGCCAACGAUUCUCUUCUUUUCCUGUAAUUCUGUAACUUGUCAUGGAGCUUACAUGUCAUAAAUGCGAGUUGCUUCUCAAUAAACUGUGAGAGCGCGC